UAGUUUCACUCCUACCGUACGUAACAAGAUGAUGAACUUGGUUUGGAUUUUGGAACUCCCCAGUCCUCAUCCUUAUUAAAACAAAAAAUUGUACGAGAAUAAAAAAAGUCGUUCAAAUAAGAACAAUGUUGUCCUUCAACCUACAGUGUUUACCACUUCAAAAAAAAUACCGUGUAAUAGACGAAACACUAUUUAAAAUUUGAGCAACCAAUUACAACUACGUUAAUGCUCCCGUAUCUUUCUAGACUCGUGCUAAUUAACGUGUAACUUGAUUUUGUUCAUAUAUUUAAAGGGACCAUUAACUGGGUCAACUGUUCAACCCUUUCAAUUUUCAGUCUAUUAUUUUAAUCCAAAUUCAACCUCAUGUUUUUGUUGAUUCCAUUGAUUCAUAGGCCGUUUUCCAUCACCAUUUUCUCUCUCCUAAUUUCUUCAUUUUUCUCCGUUUCAGAUUCACCUCCAAUUCCAAUUUUCUGCAAAAUAUUUUCAAGUUUGAGCUUAAUUUGUUGAAUUAAUUGAAGUUUGAGCUUAAUUUGUGGAUUAAUUGAAGUUAUUAUAGUAUUAUUAUGAGUGUCGGAGCUGAAAAAUGUUGGUUAGUUCUGACGAUAGCGGUGUUGGUUGUGGUAGUGAUAUCAAUGGCGGCGAUACAAGUUGAAGCUCAAGCUCAAGUUGAGAAUAAUGUAAAUGAAGAUGAGCUUCGAUCGCAGUUGAGAAGCGGAGUUGGGAAUGUUACUGAUAGGAUUGCAUUGGAGAUGCAACGCCGUGCUGACUUCUGCAUUCUUGAUGAGAAAUUGGAUUGGAAUAGAGCUUUUAAUUACUCAAAUUUGGACUUUUUGACUACAUGCAUGGCAAAAACUGAAGAUGCUGCCUCUCGAUUGUGCACAGAAGCAGAGAUAAGGGUCUACUUGGGUAGCUUCUUUGAUGGUGGUGGCCUUCAAGCUAACAAGAACUGUAAUCUAACUUCCUGGGUUGCUGGAUGCGAGCCCGGUUGGGCUUGCAGCGCUGGUUCUGUUCAAAAAAUUGAUUUGGAGAGUACUGACAAGGAGAUACCUGCAAGAACUUCUGAAUGUAAAAGUUGCUGUGAGGGUUUCUUUUGUCCACAAGGUCUUACUUGUAUGAUGCCUUGCCCUUUGGGUUCAUACUGUCCGUUGGCAACCUUUAAUCAAACAACUGGCUUAUGUGAACCAUACAAUUAUCAACUUCCCUCAGGAAGGAACCAUACAUGUGGUGGAGCGAACAUAUGGGCUGAUGUCGAUAGAAGUAGAGAAGUUUUCUGCCCUGCAGGAUCAUAUUGUCCCACAACCACUGAUAAAAAACCAUGUGAUAACGGACAUUACUGCUUGACAGGCUCUACAUCAGAAACACGAUGCUCCAAGUUGAUCUCAUGCAAGGAAAAUUCAAAGGAACAGAAUAUCCACACUUAUGGAAUUAUGCUAAUAAUUGCUUUAGUUGCUCUUCUUCUCAUCAUCUACAACUUCUCGGACCAAAUUCUUUCCAUUCGAGAGCGAAGACGUGCCAGAAACCGAGAACGAGCUGCUAGAAGUGUGCAACAGAAGGAACUUGUGCGAGCAAGGUGGAAAGUUGUAAAAGAUGCUGCUACAAAGCAUGCAGGCAAGUUACAAGCUAAUCUAUCACGAAGAUUUUCAAACAGAAAUCAUCCAGAAAAUUUCGAGAUUUUGCAUGAUCUUGACGUCCAAGAAGAUACUUUUCCACUGCCAACUAAUUAUGCUGGUAAUUCAAGCGCUUUGCAGCCAUCCACAGGUUUAGAGGGACCAGUAAAUCGAUCAGGCUUACAUAUACCUGAAGAUGGGCCUCGUAAUCCUGCUAGAUUAAGCCUUGAGAUUAAAGGAAAAAAUUCAAAGGAAAAAGCUCUCAAAGAAAAAGGCAUUCGUACAGAAAGUCAGAUUUUCAAGUAUGCAUAUGGUCAAAUUGAGAAAGAAAAAUCUCAAGAGAGGCGGUAUGAAAAUAGAACUUUUUCUGGAGUGGUUUCAUUAGCUACUGGAGAUGAACAAAAGAAAAGGCCUUUAAUCGAGGUUGGUUUUAAAGAUCUAACUCUGACAUUGAAAAGCAAGCAAAGAUGUCUUUUAAAGUGUCUAACCGGAAAAAUUAUGCCUGGCCGUAUAACUGCCGUCAUGGGGCCAUCAGGUGCUGGGAAAACAACAUUAAUGUCUGCAUUAGCAGGAAAAGAAACUGGUUGCAAUAAGAGUGGCUUAGUUCUUAUAAAUGGCAAACCGGAGUCAAUUCAUUCUUACAAGAAAAUAGUUGGUUUUGUGCCACAAGAUGAUAUUGUACAUGGGAACUUGACUGUUGAGGAGAACCUUCGAUUCAGUGCAUGGUGCAGACUGUCCACUAAAUUGCCAAGAGCAGAAAAAGUUCUAAUUGUCGAAAGAGUUCUUAUGAACUUGGGGCUACAGGAGGUGCGGGAUUCCUUGGUUGGAACUGUGGAGAAACGAGGAAUCUCUGGAGGCCAGAGAAAGCGAGUAAAUGUUGGCCUGGAGAUGGUUAUUGAGCCUUCCCUUCUAUUUUUGGACGAACCAACCUCUGGUUUGGACAGUUCAUCGUCAAGAUUACUCCUAAAAGCACUUAAACAUGAAGCCCUUGCAGGAGUGAACGUUUGCAUGGUAGUUCAUCAGCCCAGCUAUGCACUAUUCAAGAUGUUUGAUGAUUUGAUACUUCUUGCAAAGGGUGGUCUCAUGGUUUAUCAUGGAUCAGUAAGAAAUGUAGAGGAGUACUUUGGAGGGCUUGGAAUUAAUGUUCCGGAACGAGUGAACCCUCCGGAUCACUAUAUUGAUAUUCUGGAGGGCAUGGUGGAGCCAAGCCCUAGUUCCAGUAUUAACUAUAAAGACCUUCCUUUAAGAUGGUUGCUUCACAACGGGUAUACGGUGCCGGAGGAUAUGCAAUCCAGAGCUGCUGAAUUGGGAAAUCCUUUGAGAAGUGGAAGUGAUUCUACUGGUUCUGGUAGUGAGCUCCAGUCUUUUACCACAGAAAUUUGGCAGGAUGUAAGGUCCAAUGUUGAGCAACGACGUGACCACAUCCACCACUAUUUCCUCAAGCAAAAGGACUUGGCUGAUCGUAGAACCCCUGGAAUAAUCCGGCAAUACAAGUACUUCCUUGGCAGGAUAACCAAGCAGCGACUACGAGAAGCCAGGUUACAGGCAACCGAUUAUCUUAUACUAUUACUUGCCGGAGCUUGCCUAGGUGCUAUUACCAAAAUCAGUGACACAGACUUUGGGGCAACCGGAUAUACAUAUACUAUCAUUGCUAUAUCUCUCUUAUGUCAAAUUGCUGCACUAAGAACCUUCUCUCAGGACAAGUUACAAUACUUGAGAGAGAGUGCUUCUGGCAUCAGCAGCUUAGCACAUUUCCUUGCAAAGGAUACCGUGGACCAAUUUAAUACAGUGAUCAAGCCUGUUGUGUUUCUCUCUAUGUUUUACUUCUUCACAAAUCCAAGAUCUACCUUCAUCGACAAUUAUACUGUUCUGAUCUGUCUUGUCUAUUGUGUGACGGGAAUGGGUUAUGCUUUUGCCAUCUUCCUGAACCCUGGUCCUGCCCAACUAUUUUCAGUGCUUUUCCCUGUUUGCUUAACCCUGAUUGCAAGUCAGUCACUGAAAAAUGAGGCAUUGAAAGGCAUAGCCUAUCUAUGUUACCCUAAGUGGACUCUGGAAGCACUAGUGAUUGCAAACGCGAGGAGGUAUUAUGGAGUGUGGCUUAUAAAUCGUUGUGGCAUUCUUGUAAAAUUGGGUUAUAAUCUCCAUGCUUGGAAAGAAUGCAUCUUAAUCCUCAUUGCUUUCGGUUUGGUUAGCCGUGUAAUAGCUUUCAUCAGUCUGCUGAUUAUUCGAAAGAAGUGAGGUUAUUUCUUUGGUCAGUUCUAUUUUUACUCCAAACACGAUUUUUUGUCCCUGAGAUCAGACAUAUUGAAAUCCAUCAUCAGCAGCCAACUGGUUCUGCACCGCCUUUCAAACUUUUGAUUAGAUACUCGAGUUUGAAGAGAAGGAUCUUGCUGAUCUAGGGAUUUUAUGCCUUUAGGUGACUUGUAUCAUACAUUUUUUUUUGUACAUGUAAAAGGUACAUUGUGUAUGUUAGUCUGUACAUAGAUAUUAAAGCCACUCCUUGAGUCCUUGCCAACUUGUAAAAGGAGCUAUAAAAGCAAAGCAACGAUUUAAAUACGACACAUUCUUCUACAAUUGUUAAUUCACUAGUUUUGUGAUUGACUAAUUGUGUGAUUUGUAUUCCUUUGUUCGAGAUUAAUUGUCAUAUCAUUAGUUCAAAUUACACUAUUGAUGAGCAAUUUAUGUUGGACAAACGAAGUACAGAUUUUGGUGUCAUUACGAUACAUGUUACAUAAACUUUUGGCUAAAUAAUUUUUGUUA